UUGGCAACGCUAGGUUGUUGCGCUUACUUGAUUACCCUAGCUGCGGUGAAUUCCAGGUUAUUGUACUACGGAGAUUUGCAUCUGGGUUGUUUCUUAUCCAUCGACGAUGAUUGAUGCCUCUCUUCGUUCUGUGGGUGCAAAAGUUGUUGUUGCCGCAUCCAACGAUGAGGCUCACCCUCCAGAAAAUAUCAUUGACGGAAACACAAAAACAUUCUGGAUGUCCACCGGGAUGUUUCCUCAAGAAUUCAUCAUUCGCUUUGCUGAAAUGAAAAACAUUUCUUCAGUAACACUGGACAGCUAUAAUGUCAAACACCUAAAAGUAGAAAAGAAUACAUCACAGAAUGCCUCACACUUUGAGUUUGUGGCAGAGAAAGAGUUUAAACACACUGAGGGACAUCUUCAGUCAAAUUCUAUUUCGCUAAACGGAACCAAUGCAACUCACCUUCGUUUCAUCAUCACCGCAGGAUACGAUCACUUUGUCUCGGUGCACAGAGUCAGUGUACAGAAGUGACACACACUUUUACUGUUCCUUUCACCAUUGUCAAACGCAUUUGCAAAUGAAAACCGUCCCAUGUUAUUUUGUAAUUAUUGUCAUCGUCCAGUGAAAAGUAGACUUCAAGAUUCAAGAGAGAUUCAAGAGAGUUUUAUUGUCAUGUGCAUGGUAAAACAGCAGUUAUACCAUGCAAUGAAAAUCUUAUUCUGUUCAUUCAACUCCACUCCAACACUUUUCUUCUUUUUUAUUUUGGAAACACAAGGUAACUACUGUUUUUUCCCGAAAGCACAACAUUAUUCCUGCUCUAGCAAAAAUAUUGACUUGAAGCUACAAUUUUAUUUAUUGAAUUGUCUUUUGGCUGGAAAUGACACAAGGAAGUGGCAAAAGACAGUGAGAACCUGUGUUUGAGAAAAUAAUGAAAAAUAUUUUCUUUGUUAACUGUUAUUUUGUUUACAAUAGGAGUAGCACAUAUAAAAAAAAUACAUAAUAAUCAAAUAAAAUCUAAAUAAAAAUAAUACAUAAUGAAACCCUAUGAAAAUAAUACAUCAAAUUAAUUAAAUUAUAUUUGUCAUAAUAUUGAAUAUUAAUAAUAUGAAAACACAACUUCUGACAGUUUCUUGCCACGUUCUUGUGUCAUUUCCAGCAAAAAAUCUACCCAUUCAAUAAAUAAAGGUGCAGUAAUCCCUCGUUUAUUGCGGUUAAUUGGUUCCAGAGCCGACCAUGAUAAGCGAAUUUCGGUGAUGUAGGAUUCCUUCUUUAUAAAUGGAAUAUUUUUGUAGUUAGAGCAUAGAAAACCUAUUUAUGACUUUCUAACUACAGUUUUUACAACUAUUACGUGUUGCAAAGAAUGUGUUCCGUUGAAUGAGUUUUAGCUGGAUUACGCAACAGUAACCGUGUGAUUAUUAUGUUAUUAUUAGACCGCACGGUGGUCUAGUGGUUAGUAUGGUGGCCACACAGUCACAGUCAGGAGAUGAGGUUCGAAUCUCCGUUGGGCAUUUCUGUGUAGAGUUUGCUUGUUCUCCCCAUGCGUGUAUGGGUUUUCUCCGGGUACUCCGGUUGGAUGUAAUUAUUAAUGUUUAUUAUUAAUUAUUAUUAAUACAAUAAAACCCUGUUGUUCUGGCAAUCAAGUCUGGCGCUUGUAUGUUUCACUGACUGACACCUAGUGUAGAAUAUCACAAUUGGAAUACAUUUUCUUAAUGUCUUAUAUUUGUAUUAUAGUUCAUUUAGCCAUUUUUAUGCUUCGAAAUACCUAAAAUUUGCUUAAAUGUGUUUUUUUUUAAUCAAUAGGCUGUAUUAAACCAUGAAAAAGCAGGAUUUAUUUUGAAAAUGUGGCGAGGGAUGACUGUACUGUGCACUUUAAAUCAAAAUUUGUCCAGGCUAAGAAUUUUUAUAUAACUAAUUGAUUAGCAUAUGUUGACCUACUUCGCGUUGGAUUGGUUUUUAGCAUGUUUCAUGAACAAAAUAUGGCUCUGUCUCCUUCAGUUUUUCUGUAUGUGACCCUCCUUUUCUCAUACAAAAAACAUUUAAAGGAAACAAUGACAAUUGAAUAUAUUUUUCAUUGAUAGUUCACUUUGUAAACAUCUGCCCAGGGUAUAAAUAAUUGUGAAUAAAUACUCUACAUUGAGGAGUGAUGCUAUUGUCUGUAAUACAAGCCUGGUUGCUCCUAAACGCACUCACACAGUUAUAUGGGAUCUGAUAAUAACGUUUCAAUAAUAUGUGGAGAAAUUAUAUUCCAAAUUAUUUCUAGGCAUAAAAUGUAUGUGUAUGGCAGCACAAGAGGCAGUUUUGAAUUUGCAUGUACGUUUUUUAUUUUCUUCAACCCAAAUUAAUUAACGAUAUGGAUUCACUUCAGAGACAGUUUUCAUCUCUUUCUGCUAAUUUGGCAAAGCUUUAGAAUAAAAGAGUUGGAUUAUGAUGAAUGGCUCAAAUACAAAGGGCAUCUCUCUUGCUCACUCUCUCUUAGAGACACAGUUAAUUAACUAAUUUUCAGCAGAAGGACGGAAGACUUGAAUUGGCAUCUGGACAGGCCCCCCUCCCUAUUCGCAGAUAUUGACAUCCCCCAUAGAAAUAGGGGGACUACGGGUAAUGCAACUGGGGGUUGGGGGAACCAGAUGGUUUCCCAGCCAACCAGCAAGUCUCUAAAGACUGCAGGCCUAUUCUCUCGCUCUAACACACAAACACACACAUGUUCGCACGUGUACAGCCACACUUUCACUACUAGCUCCUAUCUACCUCCACUGCCAUGUCAUCUUAUCAGGUUGAGCAGUGUGCGAGGACCCUUUGGGACUCCCUCCCCAAUUACUUUGCUGACUGCAGAGGAGCUUGGGGACUUGCUGAGGCGGUGUUUGCUGUAGCACGCUCCUCCAUAUAAACCAAUAAAAGUGUAAAAUACACUCCUAAAUAACAAGCCCCCUGAUAUUUUAGAAGCAACUAAUUGCUCAGGGGUAUGACCACAAUAUAGUACAUUUGAGUAUGUGAGUGUAAUGAGUAAUGAGGGCAAGGUAGCAACCGAUACAAUGUUAUUGACUCAUCUAUUAUUCACCAGCAUGGCAUAUUUAUCAUAAUGUUAGCGGGAGGGCUGUGCUCCUGAAGUACAACGGGAUAUUUCCAUCUACCACUUUUCAAAAUAUAAUACAGUUGAUGUAAAUAUAGAUCUAUCCAGAGAUUAAGGUUUGCACAUGCACCACCCCUCUACUAACAAAUUCAGGUCCCCUUUGUGCUUGACUGUCAGCCGAUCAGGAGAAUCACAGCAGGAUAUGAGUGUGUCAUUAUCAUGUCACUGCAGGGCAGCGCUAAAUGAUCAGCCGGUGUCUUCACAUGGCAGUCUAACGGCUGUCCAAUGACACCGAGACGACUGCUAGACCACAACUCUUCAUAUCAUGAAAUAUUCACUUUUUUUACUAUAUCAUAUUGUUAUAUAUUAUUACAGUAAAACUUGCUAAUGAUAUGUAAUGUUAAUUGAGACUCCAUUGCAUCUACUAAACAGGAUUACUAUAACAGUAUUACCGCACUGGCAUUGCCCUGAAUUUUCUGAAGACCGGUUUUGGAAAAAUAUCUAAAAUAAAAAAAUAUAUAUAUAUUUUCAGUAUCAGGAAAAUAACAAUUGGUAGAUUACAAUAAAAAACUGGGUCUCUGUGUUGUGCGUGGGACAGUGAGUGAUUAACAGAAAGAAAAAUUCAAAAGUCGUUUGGUGUCAACUGUUGGUUUGCAUAUAUAAAUGUCCAGACCCCUCAUGUAACAUGACACAUCUGUGCCAGACUUUUUCUGAGGAAAAAUACUGUCUUAUAUUCGGGUUAGUGCAGUGCAGUGCAGCAAAUGUUACUAUUGGCCUGGAGAAACUGUGUAGUUCUUUCAAAUGAACAAAUAUGGUUCCUUACCUGAUGAGGUCUGAAGACAAUGAGCUUGGCUUGAGAAGAGCACACAAAUCUCUGCCAAAGUUGACAAUUGCAAGUUUGGAGUUGCUCCGAUUUGCAUGCUUCUUCAUUGAGAGGUUAUAAAUGUCAUAAAAUGCCCUUUCUCAAAAGCCUGAGUCUGCACCUUUUAUCCAGAUCUAAAUUGAAUGGGUUCUUGCCCUGUGCAUGCCCUGCACCCCAAGUUUUUUUGAAAAUCAGACUACUGUGUAUAAUAAACUAACUACUGUCUAAAGGGUGUAUAUACAGUAGAAUACUGUACAGUAUGUAUUGUGUGUGGUAUAGAUUAUGUGGUAUAGUGACAAUUACCCAUUGCCCCUCUCUGCUCUGUUAAACUGACACUGAAUAUGUCUUGUUAUCAGUUUUGUGUGGUCUUCCAUGCAUGUCAACACAAAGCCCAUGUGCGUGGGUCUUAAUUUGAUUUCACUCCUGAUUUGGUCCAAUCAGCCCAGUUACGACAGUGCAGGCUGGAGAAAAAGAUGAUUAGACAAGAGGGAAACAAAAUGUGAAAAUCAAAAAGGUGCAAAAAGCUGAGUUGAGCUGAGGCUGAGUAGUACUCAAAGAGAGUGGUAACUAAAAAUCAGAAUACCCUAAAGAUACAAUAUCUAUCUAUUGAUCUAGACUUAAAAUGAUGCCUUAAAAGUGCCUUAAACUGCCAUCUGCUUCCAACUAGUUAUCUGCUAUUCGGGUUGAAUAUAGGGGGACCUUGGUUUCCAAACUCCCCGGUUUUUAUAGGAUUUGGGUUUUGACAAAAUGCAUUCCAAAAAAUGUCUUGGUUUUCAUAUACUGUCUUGGAUAUUGUAUGGCCAAACAGUGCGUGAAUCAACCAUUCUGUGAAUCAACUGCCCAAACAAAGCAUCCACGUAUUGGUGAUUCAGUCUUUGAAGAAUGGAUAGUGUUUCUUUCAGAGUUGGGACACUAUAGACAGAUUCUGACCGGAGAAUCCUUUAAUCCUACCAGUCCUGGGUGUACACCGCUUGUAGGCUCCAGCUUACCCAUGACUCUAAGGAGGACAAGUGGUAUAGAAAGUGGAUGGAUGGAAUCCUUUAAUCGUCUUUAUUAUUGUGUGUGUGUGUGUGUGUGUGGUUUAUUUGUUCAGGAACAGGAAAUGAUGAACACAGGAAAUGAUGAACAACUCUGUAUCUGUCUCCUUUCUUCCUCCUUUCAAGCACUGUGUACCCUGUAUUUCAGAGUGUUAGAGGAAUAGGAUUUCAGACAGUCUUUUUUUACGAUUUUUUUUCAUUGAGUAGUUGCAAAAUCAGUUGCAAGGGCCAGAACUUUGAUAAAGAAGAACACUGCUGAAUUCAAGAAAUAACAAAUAAAGGUAGCCUUUGAUAAAAUAGGAUUGUAAAUGUUCGUAGUUAACACAGGUUGCAGUGGGAAUGGUUUAAGGGAGACACAUUAAAGAAAGCCAGCUGGGCCAGUGUGUGUAAUGAUGAUUGUACCUGCUGCUGAAGUUUACAAUAAAGUUCGAGUGAGCAAGUAUGCAGGGUGAACCAUCCACUCUUUGAAGUUAAGUUUGUAACGUACCAAAAUUAAACAGUCAUCGCGCGGCUAUUCAGUCCUCAUCCUCCCUCCACUCAUCACCAACAAGUGUUUUCAAUAAAUGUAAAAGUGAUGUUGAAUGUUUCUUUAUCCUUUUCAUUCAUCAUUUGGGUAUAUGUAUUUUGCGUUGGUAAAAUUAUAUUUCUCUAAAAAAAAAUUGUUUUGUGUUAAUAUUUUUGGGUGCCUGGAACGGAUUCAGUGGAUUUACAUGUUUUUUUAUGGGAAUACUUGAUUACGUUUUUGCACAUUUGUACUUGUCACUAGGGAUGUCUUUGUGAUGAAAAGCAUCACAGCCUCACCUCUAAUACUACUGCAUCCUUGGCUCACACCGACAGUAACAGCGCUGCUGCCCUCUUGUGUGUACUUUGUUUUGACUGUGAACAAAAUUGACUCCUUCAGUAGUUUUGAUCAAAUCUGUUUGUUUUCCUCUGGCCUUCUCCUUUUCUUCGCUCCGCUGGGAAAACUCCGUGCCGAAAUGUUAGUUUUGCUCCCGUGUUCCGGAAUCACUGUUGCCAACUUUUCAGUAAGAAAAGUAGCUAUUGGCUGUCCUAGACGACGCUAGAAGUCGCUAGAUGAUGCGUUGUCUAAUUUGCAUAUCAUUUGCAUGUGACGUUUUACAAUGCUGUAGGAAAAAAAGCAUAAUCUUGUAAGAAAGACGAAAAAAGUGAGUAAACACACCUAAAUUAAGUUUGGAACUACAAAUAAAUUAGAAUCUUGGUUUGUUCAUUUAAAAUCAUCCAUCAUUUCAUCAGAAAUAAAAUAGCUAAUAUUUUAUUUCGGCCAACGCCUGUCAAAGUUCUCAUCACAUGUUGGCAAUGCGAAUAACAGAUUAUGCUGUGUUUAUUCUAUGGCUAACAUUGACAUGACAGAUGUGGUUCGUGAGUAGCACACUCACAACACAACACAAAAUGCAGAACAAUACGUGCUUUAACCAUACAUGG